AUGACAGCGAAGGAGGAGCAAGAGAUGGAGCUGGAGGCUCUGCGCUCCAUCUACGAAGGAGAUGAUUGCUUCAAGGAAAUCAGUCCAGUGAAUUUUCAGUACAGGAUAGGAGACCUGGAGGACUCCAAAGCCUUCAUCCUGGACUUCUCUUGGCCAGACACGUACCCUGAGACAGCUCCUCAAAUGUCCUUAGAUGCGUUUUUCAAUAACAAAAUUUCUCCAGAAACAAAACAGUUUAUUCUGUCAAAGUUGGAGGAACAAGUAGACGCCAAUUUAGGUACUGCGAUGAUGUACACUUUAUUCGAAUGGGCCAAAGAAAAUCAGGAAUCUCUAAUGGAGAAUCACAGACCGGUCGUCCAAUCUGUGACGCUGAUUUCAAACAAUGAAGUCACAACUACAGCACCAGCGAAGAAGAAGGAGAAGAAGGAGCAGCUCACGAAAUCCCAGAAGAGAAGGAUGGUCAGCAAGACAGAUAACAAAGGAGAGCUGCCCCGAGGCUGGGACUGGGUGGACGUCAUUAAAGUCAAGAGUAAAACCUCUGGCAGUUUGGGAGACAGCAGUGGCCAUGAAGAAUCAAAAAAGCCAUCUGUUAGUCAUGGAGAGUUUAAAGGCAAUAAGACAGGAAAUAUGAUGAACGACAGCUCUGGCCGCAGCGAUGAAGAGAAAGAGGACAGACGUAAUGGUUUUUCAGAGCGUCAGAAUCAGAAUGCACUGGAUUUAACAAAUGGAGAGAACGUGGAGCGUGUUGAAGACGACGGGAGGGUCACGGUCUACAUCUGUGGAGGUUAUAGAGACUCGGGGGCAGAGAGAGCGGCGCUCAUGGAGACCGUGUAUCCCAGGCUCUAUCUUUACUGUAAGCAGAGAGGCUGUGACUUCAGAAUGCUUGACCUCCGCUGUGGACUGAGAAACUCUAUUUGUGAGCACCAUGACACCGUCCAGCUUCACCUGGAAACUCUGAGGCAAUGUCAACAAUCCCACUGCUUCUGUUUUAUUCUGUUUGUUGGUCAAAAAUACGAGGUGCGACGUCUUCCUUCUGCGAUUCAAAAAGAAGAUUUCGAAUCCAUACUUCAACUCCUGGAGAAAGAUAAAGAGCUAAUAUCCAAGAACAAAGCCGUUAAUUUCACUUGGCCAUCUCCCAGACCGGACAUUUCCUCUGACCUCACCAAAAAACACUUUCAAGAAUCUGUCUAUGGCCACUAUCUGAGUUUUGGAGACGAGGCGGUGAAUGCAGAGGAGCAGACUGACAAGGCCUUUUCAGACGAGGAGGAGGCGAGACUGAGCCCGGUCCAGGACCGGAGCGUGGGGGACGUGAUGAAGGAGCUGUCUCUGUUUAAGAUGUGGUACAGACUGGACACGAACAGCCUCCCGCCAGUGUACCGUCUGCUCCCUGUCAGCACACACCAGCCAGACAUACGCAGCUCGGACAGAAGGCGUCAGAAACUCGCCCGAUUGGCCUGGACUGGAACUCUACACACACUAUGGCAGGUGUUGCAUUUCAGGGCAGCUGCGGCCGUAGGAAAACAACAAGCAUCGAUCCUGCUGAGGACAGUUCUGGACUGGGAGCUGGAACAGGGAGUGGAGUCUGUAGACCACGCCCCGCCUGAAAACCACUGCCACUGCUACAAGAGAGAGAUCCCAGAUUUAUUGGACAACGUGGAGAACAAACACGCCGCUCUGUAUGUGGACCUGCUGCGUGGACAGACUCGGCUCGAUCCGGUGCUCAGUCUGCAGCAUCAGCAGUUUGUGGACAGGAUACACUCAAAGCUGCGUCACACAAACAUCUACGAGCGUAAAGUGGGCUGGGGCCGGACCGGUCUGGACCCCAAACACAACCGCUCCCACCAGUUCUACACCGAGCGCAUCUGUGCCCACGUGCAUCGGACCGUCGUCAACUCCAUCAAUAAAAUUACAAAGAAAACCGACAAACACGACACUUAUAAACAGAUGAGGAGAGCUGUGAUGGAAGCUCAGAUACAAGAGGAGAUAAAGCGGCACCAACAGCACUGUCGAAAUCUGGCUAAGAACUUCACCCUCAGACAAACCUUUCUGGACGACGUGGAAAAAGCUUGGAGGAGUUCCAGGCGAAUCCUUCUGUUGGGAUCACCAGGAUUGGGAAAGACCUGUGUCAUGGCCGCCAUCGCUCAGAAGGCUCCAAACUGGUUCUUUGGAACUGUGAAAAUAUUGGUCGUAUUUAUCGGUUAUUCUGGGGAAAGCAGAAAUAUCCGCUUGGUUCUGAAGAGUGUCUGUGUCCAACUGGCUGAAGCUUACCGUCCUCAGACAGAGCUAUCAGAGGGCCUUCCGCAGCUGGUGAACGAGCUGCACUCCCUCUUGGCCUUGGUGGACUCGGACAGACCCGCUGUGAUCCUGUUGGACGGACUGGACGAACUGUCAGAUGAACACGGCCCAGAACUCUCCUGGAUUUUAUCACCGCUGCCUCCAAACGUUUACCUUGUUGUCUCAGCCACCACCAACUCGGCCUGUACCGAAAUCCUAUUGUCAGGACAGUUCACAGUCCUGUCCCUGCCUUCGCUCACCACAGAGGACAUCAUCGCAGCUUUAGAAUCCAAACUCCAUCAGGAUCAGAGGCGUCUGCAGCCGGAGCAGUGGGAGACCCUGCUGCAGGCCUGUCAGUCCUGCCCCUGUCCUCUGUACCUGGAGACGGCCUACAGCGAGAGCCGACACUGGACGUCCCACACGGCCCAGUCCUGUCUGAACCUCCCUGACUCUCUCCAGGAGCUGUACGGAGUCAUGUUGUCCCGUUUGGAGAGGGACAUGGGAAAACAGCUGGUCAGAAGGGUCUGUAUGCUCAUGUCCAUUUCUCGACAUGGAGCCACUGAAGAGGAAAUCCUUCACCUGCUUUCUAAAGACGGCAAAGUCCUCAGAGAAGCCUCCCACAGUAGCCUGCCUCACAUCCGCUGGGUGCAUCUGAAGCAACAGCUGGGAUCACACCUGAGAGAAGUGAGGACCGACAGGACGUGGGUCUACCGCUGGGCACACUCCGAGCUCUGCCGCCUCUGUUUGGACCGCUACUUCAGGAACGAGGAAUCCCGGAUGGCCGUGCACGCAGAUUUAGGCGAUUACUACAGAGGCAGGUCCCCAAACUCGCACAUAUUCCAGCCGACGGUGUGGGUGGACGUGGAGGAGGACAAGCUGAAGUCUCAUUGGUUUAACCUGAGGAAGCUGCGGGGGCUUCCGUUCCACCUGGUCCACUCAGGGCAGAUCGUACCCUUCUUAGUGGAGUGUGUGUUUAACUAUGAGUUCCUCCUGCAUAAGGCCUGGGGGACGUCUGUUCUGGAGAUAGAGGAGGACCUGAAGAAAGCAGUGCUGCCAGACAAAGAAGUGAUAGAUGUGGAGGUUCUGUCUGGAGCGCUGGGCCUGUCCCGUGCUGUGCUCCUUCAGGACCCCUGCCAGCUCGCCUCACAGCUCAUGGGACGCCUGGGGACUAUGGUCAUGGAGGAUCGGCCGGUUGCAAAAGGUGACCGUUUGAAGUUCCAGCUCCUCCACACGUUGCUGGAUCAGUGUUCCCGCUCUAGUUUGCCGGUCCUGCUGCCCUCCUCCACCUGCCUGCUGCCUCCAAGAGGGCUUCAGCACACACUGUUAGCUGGGCCUCUGAAUUGUGUGACGGCCCUCGGAGGGUCCCAGCAGAGCACCACUGCAGUGACCUGUGAGGUGGACGGCAGUAUCCAGUUCUGGGACCUGGAGCAGAGGAGGAUCAUCAGGGGCCUGGAUCCAGCAGGAGAACUCGUGGCAGAUUCUCUCAAUAUUGGUUUGAAUGAUACGAUGCUUGUUGCCCGAAUGGGACAAGAUCUCCAGGUGCGGACAGUGGACACUGGGCGCGUGGUGUAUUCAGAGAGUGAAUCAGUGGAUGUCCCCAUUGUGACCAUAGCUUCGAAUGGACGGCUCCUUGUGGUCUUUUAUGACGGAACUCCUCGAGUGAAGGUUUUCGACCUGGCCAACUCCUGUUCCCUGCUCCACUCCACCACCAUUUCUCUCACUUCUGAACCGAUCCACAAAAACAACUCUUACGUUCUGUCCAGCAACUCCAUCAAAGACUUCGUCCUUUUUGCUCACAGGUCCGGCUGUGAGGCUGGAGUGUUCAGUGCUGAAGAGGGGAGAGUGUUGAUGGUCGUCUCUGCUCGUCACGCCGCGGCCUCCAUCCAGGCUGUGGACAUGACUGAGGAAUACCUACUGCUGUUCUGCAGAUACCCGUUCAGACAGGACAGUGAGCUCCUCCACAUUGAGCUGUACAGCACACAGUCUUUCCAGUACGAGAGGUCCAUCUUGGGGUGCACCCAGGAUGCAAUCUCCCAGGUCACGGUGAACCGCGCUGGGACUCACGCUGUGGCCUUUUGCUGCUCUCAGAAAACCGGGAUCACGGGUGUGGUCACAUGGAACCUGGAGACAGAGGACCACAAACACGUCACGCAUUUCCCCGGAAUACUCAAAAAAGGGCUGUGCUAUGACAUGGGCCUCUGUCUGGGCGUCUGCAGCGGAGAGAGAUGUGUGAGACUGUGGGAUCUGAGGUCCAGGAUCACAGACCAGACCCUGACUUACAACAUCCACAAGAGCAGAAGCGAUGGCACCAAAGAGCUGGUCACGACGGGCGAGAAACCCCGGUACGCCGUGUGCCUCUCGGAGCGUCCCGGGACAGUGUUGGUGUGGAACCUGGGCAGGCAGCGGUUCAGCUGUCGCCCCGUCAGCACGCAGCACGGUCUCUUCAGCGCCGCAGACGUGGUGCUGGUGCAUGGCCUCUCGCUCUUCAUCCUCACAGACAGAAGCUCAGGCAGGACGAAGGCGCCGGCGUGUUUUCAGACUCUGCUGGUGUUUGACCUGAUCAAGAGGAGCUACGUGAGGAGACAGACUGGACUGGCCAUUAUCCCCUGUCCCCAGAGCGAGUUCCGGCUGUUGGAGAAUGGAGCAACACUUCUGGGCCUCUCGGAGACUAGGGACCAUUUAAUCCUUUGGGAUCUGAGUUCUGGGUCCAUCAAACAGCGAAUGGACUGUGGAGAUUUCAGAGACCAGCAGCAGCCGCCAGAAGCACAAACAAUUUUGCUGUGGGAUAUUCAAACUGGAAGGCAAGAUGCGUCACUGAGAAAACAAGAAGAUAAAACAGAACAGAGUGAAGAAGGCCGAGCCAUCGAGCAGUUUGUGAUCAGUGGAGACCAACAGGUGGUGGUUUGCUCCUAUUUCUCUCAUCAACUCAAAGUCUUCAACCUGGCAUCCCAGAAUCCUCUCCACACUUUGGAGGACAGAAGCUGCUUACUUACCCUCAGCACAGCAGCGAUCACACACAGCGGGAGCCACCUGGUCCUGACCCACUACAACCAGGAAACUCGCUCCCCUGGUCUCACACUGUGGGACCUUCAAACUGGUAAAGUGGAACAAGACCUAGAGCAAGAACCUGAGGUUAGUUCUGUGGCGCUGACAGAUGAUGGCAGACGGGUUGUAUUCGGGAUAACAGGAAGUAACCGGCUUAAGGUGUGGGAGCCUUUGAGGAAAAGUGUGAAAAGCGUGUGCGGCGAUGAGAGUCUGAGGAUACAAGCCUUUAGUUCUCUCUAUUUAACUGAAGGUGGAACGAAAGCCUUGUUACUGUCAGGCCACCUGAGCCUGUGGGAUGUGGAGGAGUCCCAGUUCCUCUCCACUCUCUCUGUAGACUCCACCGUCAGCUGUUUGAGGCCUCUGGAUGGGGGCCGUGUGCGGCUCCUGGUGGGUCUGAGCCACUCUCCGGCCCUGGUCACAGUCACUUAUACCUCUGGGAACAACAGCAGCAGCAGCGGCGGCGGCCUCCAGUGGGGAAGUCGAGCGGAAGACCUGUUUGACGAGUCCAGCAGCAGCGAGGACGAGGCUUAG